AUGGACUCGCCAUCGACAAUACCGACGUACGACGGCGAGGACGCCGAGCGCGUCUUUGCACGAAGCCGCGCGCACUGGCAGCAGGCGCUCGCCCAGGCCCUGGCGCUGCCCAGCACGGCCGCGGCCGCGGCGCCCAAGGCCUUGGAUGUGCAGCGUGUGCUGUUCCGCACACCGGCGCUGCCGGAUUCGCUGCCGCGCGACGCCAACACGAUCUACGGCAUGCCGUUUUGGACGGGGGCCCCCCUCAAACCGUGCGCGCAUCGCAAUCUGCAGGGACCAAAGGAGAAGUUUUCACUGCGGACGGAGUACCGCAUCCGCGUGACGGCGGCGCCGGCGGAGAGCACGUCCUUUUCAACGUGGCCAGGCACGCCCCACAAUGGCCUGGCGUGGCUGGCGCUGGGCUGGGCCUAUGUGCUGGGUGCUAGCCUCGCCGAGCGGCAGGGCGUGGCAGUCGAGUACCGUGGCGAAGAUAAUUGCACUGUCGACGGCCAGCAUGACAGUACGCAGCAGACUGUGUCGCUCCCGUACGCCACGCCCGCCGAACGGCGAUGGUGGCGCGCCAUCACCGCCCCGGGCGCUGGCUGGGUGCUUGCGGACGGCGGCUUGACGCCAUGGGCCGUCGAUGUGGCCGAGGAGGGCCUGGCACGGGUCGCUGUUGACACGGAUGCCGACGAGAUCAACGCCGUGGCGGAGACACCUCCCACGGCGCGGCAGGCCGCGCGCUACCUCGCCCGCCUGUGUGCCUUCUUCCGUCUCGGCAGCCAGAGUUCCGCCGCGUUUGCUGCCGCGCUCACCUUUCCACUGCAUAGCCACACAUUUUGGCCCGUGGUCGUGGCCGAGGUCGAGGUCGAGGUCGAGGUCGAGGUCGAGGUCGAGGUCGUGGACGUGGACGUGGUCAUGGUCGUGGUCGUGGCCGCGGCCGUGUUCAUGACCGAAUUCGCCAACCUCAGCUACUACUUGUCGCUCAGCCUCGCGCCGUGGGUGAUUGGUUCGGCUCUCUUCAGUGCCUUCUGGGAGCGUGACGUGCCUUGCCACUUGGCUGGUGCCUGGAUCCAACCCGCCGCUGCCAUCGUCAUACCAAUCCUGUGGACGGAGACCGGUGCCACCCGGCCCGAUGGCGACUUUGAGCUUUUUGCUAAAGUGCUCUCGGGGACGCGUUCGGCUCCCUUGUGGCUUGGUGUCGCUCUCUGUGGACACGGCCGCUUCUUGCAAAGCGUCUAUUGGUACCUGACCCACCUCCGGUCUGCGGGUUAUUUGGUCUCAAGAGUGAUGGCGGCCGCCUGGACGGGCCUGCAGGCUUGCUUUUUACAUGACUUACUAUCGGCCUCGCCACAGGGUGCCGGCCUUGUGUCCCGUGCCCAUGUGUGGCGGUUGCGGCAUGCGUUUACCAGAAAUUACCCUCCGGAUGAGAACUUUCAGUACAUGCCCUUGCAUCCUUGGCCCCCGUUCGGCGUGAUGCGUGUCGAGGACGUCGAGCUGGAGAUUCGAGAACAUGUGACGUGCUGCCACCGUUGGAUGUACUCCCAUUGGACCUGGCUGGUCCCGGGUGCUGAUACUGACCAAGACGAUGGCUUCAUCCUCAACAGGCGCACACCGAUGCCACCUGCCCGGAUCAUUCCGGCUCCACCGGCGCCCGAUUCACCGCUGGAUGCUACACUCGCGGCAGCCUUGGAGAAAGACCCUAUUCAGCCGACUGAAUGGGAUAAAAUCCGUGCCCUGUCCCGGCACGCCACGGAGACUAUUUUUUGGUGGGCCAACUCCCAAGUCGAACGGGGUUUUGCUGGCACCGUUUUGCCGCAGAUGCCGGCCCAGGGCGAUCGUUUGCCUGCAACGGGUAGCCCGAAGCAACCCAAGCAUUACGAUGCCACGUCGGUGGUAGUAUGGCGAGACGGUGUUGCGCAAGGUGAUGCGCCAGAGGGCACUACGUCGCCUUAA